AGCCGUCGCCAUCUCAGGGAGACCGGCGAGCUACGCCUAGAGCCCGCCCAUCGUUGCUGGUGGUCCGAGGAUCGGCGAGCCGAUGGUGUUCUACGGCCGGUUCUCUUCUCAACUCCACAUAAUCGAGGCAGGAAAGGGGGAAAGCCCUAAUUAUCCGAUUUGCAGUCGAGAGCGGAUGAGGUUGAUAAUUAGGCGUCGAACAAGAGUUUUGCCCCUUCUUCUAAGCCAAGGAGGUAUGAGAGAAAGGGGAGCUUUGGAUUGGAAUCGAGCAACGGUGGAGCGGAUUCAGGUAGUUGGAUGAAGGGUAGUUGGAUGAAGAUUAGAGAAGAGGAAGAAACCAAAUUUGGAAUGGAAGAGCAAGAGAUAGUGAUUGUUGGAGCUGGAAUUGCAGGUCUCGCAACAUCUUUAGGGCUGCACAGAUUGGGAAUUCGAAGCGUAGUUGUGGAGUCAGCAGAUAGCUUGAGAACUUCAGGAUUUGCUUUAGGAAUUUUAGCAAAUGGUUGGAGGGCACUGGAUGCUAUUGGCGUAGGCGACAUACUUCGCGCAAAACACCACAAACUUAGCAGAAUUGUGACUACAUCGGUUAACUCUGGGAUUCAGACUGCUGAGCUACCAUGUAGGGCUUCGCAUUCACAGGAUGAUCUGGAGUCUCGGUGUGUGAGUCGGAGAGUGCUGCUGGAAACACUAGAAAAUGAACUUCCAAGAGGUACAAUCAGGUACUCCUCCAAGGUGGUUCAUAUACAAAUUGAGGAUCGUGUCGAAUCUAUUCAUCUAUCCGGUGGAACUGUCCUGAAAACUAAGGUCUUGAUUGGAUGUGAUGGAGUGAACUCUGUGGUGUCCAAGUUCUUAGGCUUUAGUAAGCCGGCUUAUGCUGGUCGAGCAGCUGUUAGGGGCUUCGUGUAUUUUAAGGAUGGACAUGCUUUCGAGCCAAAGUUGAUGCAGUUCUUUGGGAAGGGUGUUAGAUUUGGUGUUAUCCCCUGUGAUGAUUAUACUGUUUACUGGUUUUUCACCUUUAGUCCUUCAUCUCAAGAGAAAGAGAUGGUGGAGGAUCCGGCCAAGUUGAAGCUAUUCAUGCUCAGCAAGCUGGGCAAGGUAUCUGAUGAGAUCAGGAGGCUGAUGUUAUGAGAAGCAAAUUGGAGACGGCGAAAGAGAGGAAGCUGAUGCUCGCUGCUGAAGUUCGGUUUCUACGGAAAAGGCAUAUAUACCUUGUGAAGACGAAGGAUGCGAAUUCACCUGUGCAAGAACAAAAUCUUGUACAAGCGCCAAACUCACUAAAGCGUGCUAAAAUCACAAAGUAGCAGCUUCUGAAUGGAAAAGAAGCGAGCCGGCAUAGAUUGCCUUCAGCUCCAGUACCCAUCUCCAAGAAGAAACGAGUUGCUCUGCCGAUGCUUCAUGUAGUAAAACAUGUAUUAACAGGCAACUUGUGUAGCUCGAAUUGUUGGAUGCUAUGUUAUAUAUGCUAAUAUUAUCUUGUCAAUGUUAUUUUAUUA